GGUUUUAAUGGAUUGUACCAAAUGCACAAAACUCCAGGUCACAUCAAAGAAAGUUCUACACACCUGGAAGUUGAAGGAUCAGGGAUUACAAGUUGUGUGAGGGAAAAAUGGGAGGAGCCAGAUAGUAUUGGGACAUCCUAGGCAAUGUUUCCAGCCCACUUUGUGUUCUCCCUUCCCUAUCAUCUAAGCUUGCUUAAUUUGCUUCAGAAUUGGAAGAAGGAAUUGCAGCAGAAAAAUAUGUGAAAAAGUUUUUAAACCUACAGAUUCUUCUUACUUUAGAAAUAGUUGUUACAUUGGCAGGAAAAAAUAAAUGCAGAUGUUGGACCAUGUUGGAAACCUUGUCAAGAGAGUGGAUUGUCUUACACAGAAUGGAGAUGUGGCUUCUGAUUCUGGUGGCGUAUAUGUUCCAGAGAAAUGUGAAUUCGGUACAUAUGCCAACUAAAGCUGUGGACCCAGAAGCAUUCAUGAAUAUUAGCGAAAUCAUCCAACAUCAAGGCUAUCCCUGUGAGGAAUAUGAAGUCACAACUGAAGAUGGGUAUAUCCUUUCUGUUAACCGGAUUCCUCAAGGCCUAGCGCAACCUAAGAAGACAGGUUCCAGGCCUGUGGUGUUACUGCAGCAUGGCCUCGUUGGAGGCGCUAGCAACUGGAUUUCCAACCUGCCCAAUAAUAGCCUGGGCUUCAUUCUGGCAGAUGCUGGUUUUGACGUGUGGAUGGGGAACAGCAGGGGAAAUGCCUGGUCUCGAAAACACAAGACCCUCUCCAUAGACCAAGAUGAAUUCUGGGCUUUCAGUUAUGAUGAGAUGGCUAGGUUUGACCUUCCUGCAGUGAUAAACUUUAUUUUGCAGAAAACGGGCCAGGAAAAGAUCUAUUAUGUUGGCUAUUCACAGGGCACCACCAUGGGCUUUAUUGCAUUUUCCACCAUGCCAGAGCUGGCUCAGAAAAUCAAAAUGUAUUUUGCUUUAGCACCCAUAGCCACUGUUAAGCAUGCAAAAAGCCCUGGGACCAAAUUUUUGUUGCUGCCAGAUAUGAUGAUCAAGGGAUUGUUUGGCAAAAAAGAAUUUCUGUAUCAGACCAGAUUUCUCAGACAGCUUGUUAUUUACCUUUGUGGCCAGGUGAUUCUUGAUCAGAUUUGUAGUAACGUCAUGUUACUUCUGGGUGGAUUCAACACCAACAAUAUGAAUAUGAGCCGAGCAAAUGUAUAUGUUGCCCACACUCUUGCUGGAACAUCUGUGCAAAAUAUUCUACACUGGAGCCAGGCAGUGAAUUCUGGUGAACUCCGGGCAUUUGACUGGGGGAGCGAGACCAAAAAUCUGGAAAAAUGCAAUCAGCCAACUCCUGUAAGGUACAGAGUCAGAGAUAUGACGGUCCCUACAGCAAUGUGGACAGGAGGUCAGGAUUGGCUUUCAAAUCCAGAAGACGUGAAAAUGCUGCUCUCCGAGGUGACCAACCUCAUCUACCAUAAGAAUAUUCCUGAAUGGGCUCACGUGGAUUUCAUCUGGGGUUUGGAUGCUCCUCACCGUAUGUACAAUGAAAUCAUCCAUCUGAUGCAGCAGGAGGAGACCAACCUUUCCCAGGGACGGUGUGAGGCCGUGUUGUGAAGCAUCUGACACUGACAAGCUUAGGACAGCCUCAUGAGGGAUGGGGCUAGGACCCAUGAAGGCAGAAUUACAGAGGACAGAGACCUAGUAUACAUUUUUCAGAUUCCCUGCACUUGGCACUAAAUCUGACACUUAACGUUUACAUUUUUUUUCAGUAAAUUAAAGUCUUUAUUGGGUAAAUAGAGGUUUCACAUGCUAUUAUAUAUUCUACCAUCUUGAAGGGUAGUUUUAACUAACAGUCAGAAAGUAUCUAGACAUUCUCUAUAUCAUUCAGGUAAAUCUUUUUAAAACACUUUUUUUUUUUCUAUAAGCCAUAUUUUUGGAGCACUAAAGUAAAAUGACAAAUUGGGACAGAUAUUGAGGUCUGGAGUCUCUUGAUUAUUGUUGACUUUGACAAAAUAAGCUAGACAUUUUCACCUUGUUGCCAUAGAGACAUAACACUACCUCAGGAAGCUGAGCUGCUUUAACAACAACAACAAAAUCAGUGUUACAAUAUGGAUGAAAUAUAUGUUAAGCAUUCUCAGAAUAAGGCCAAGUUUUAUAGUUGGAUCUCAGGGAAGAAAAUUUUAUAGGAUGUUUAUGAGUUCUCCAAUAAAUGCACUCUGCAUUACAUAAAGCAUGUAUGUGCAUUUCAGUGUCUAGAUUCUAGUCCAAGCUUGUUGGAGGCUUUACAGCUUGUUGCUAGGAGACCUAAUGGCUAGAAAUUUCUGGCUCAAUUUUCUGCCUCCAAAAAUUAAAAGCUAGGGAGAAAAUUGCAUAAUGUCAUGAGCCUGAUUAAACAAAUUAUCACACAUUUUAUCCUUUUAUCUGGACAAAGUUAAUGUCAGACA